GAGUCCUUGUUCGAGGUGUUUGUUGAGACGGUUCAGGAGAACCUCGGUGAAAAUUUUCCCGUCGAUGUUCAGCAGCGAAAUUCUACGAUGAUCGUCACAGGCUUGACGAUUGCCCCCGCGCUUGUAGAGGUGGACAAUUGUGGCGUCCUUGAAGUCCUGGGUGACGUGGCCUUAUCGCCACAUCUCCUGGAAGAACGCAACAGGGUAACGGCGGAGUCUCAUCUUCGAGCUGACCAGACGGUGACCGGUCCAGCUGUCGGCAUCGGGCCUCGCCUUUGUCACUGGUACGUCCUGUUGGUCACCUCGCCGGACGAGGACAUAGUCCAGGAGGUGACAAUGCUGAGAUCGGAGACGCCUCCAAGCUGCCUUGUGCUGCAGUAG